UUCCUUUCCUGGGAUGAGGAAAAGGCGCACGUGGACAUCCACAAGGAACUCGCUACCAUCGCAGAACUUAACUUGGAAGGAGAAGAACAGAAAGGAGGAGAACGGCUGAUCCAAUAUGCCACCGAGAAUCUGGUCGCAGAGGUGUUGAUCCACCCCCAAGUCAACACCCUGCAGCAGUGCCUCAAGAACCUCCUCUCUUCAUUCACCAAACACAGACACAUCAUCCAUGCUGGCUACGCCUUUGCGGGUUCAGGGUCAUGGAUGUUACAGGACGGAACAUUCUCAGUGGCGGACCUUAUCGCAGCCUUCAGCGAGUAUGAGGUUCAGCGGGUCCUCCACGCUUACGAGAAUUGCAUUACCAUUGACAUCCACUGCGCUGCUGAAGGCCAGUGGUCAACACAUUUCCUUGCCAAGGAAUCAUUCAGUAAACUGUGCCGCGUGACAGUCAACCCUGACGAUAAGAUUGAGAUCACCCCCGGGAUCUCAACUUUCGUUCAGUAUCUGUCACCGUUCCUCAGCAGCACACCUAUUGAAGAACUCCUAGAACCCUCCGACAUCGUGGGCAACAUCCGUUUCUCUCGCCCCACUCUCUAUGUGUUCCCCGGCGGUCAAGGUGACUCGGCUCUCUUCGGCGUCAAUGGCUUCAAUAUGCUUGUGGAUGGUGGCUAUAACUACAAAGCAUGUUUCUGGGAUUUCACACGCCAUCUCGAUCGUCUCGAUGCAGUCCUUAUUACAAGACUUAACAGUUCUAAUCUCAUGGGUAUCACUAAUGUUAUUCGUAGAAAAGCACUAAGUUCAGUGUAUCCUCAGAUCGGGCAUACUUUCUGCAAUGUUGCUGGUUCCUUAAAGUCUCCCGAUGGUGACAAAGACAAAGACCCAUUACUUAUUAAUCUCUGGGAUGAAGGACACUUAUUACGAGAAAAUUUGAGACAAAUUAGUUUAAAACCUCACUUGUGUUUCCGUGACAAUGCCAUGGAACCAAUUAACUUAUAUCACAAAGUAGGACAUGGUAAACUUGAUAUGUAUGUAAUAAAUCCUUCUAGAGACAGUAAAGAAGUGCGAGAGUUCAUGCAAAGAUGGAACAAUGAAGUGAUUGCAUCUGACAUGGGCUUUACUACUUACAAAAUCGGUGAUAAAGUCUUUCCUUGCCCACUAACGAACCUCACUUCCAUAUGUGCCCUUUUGAUAUGGCAACCAAAUGACCCUAGUGAUACAAUUACUAGAAUUCUCUUCCCUGGAAGUACUCCCCAACACAAAAUAUUUGAAGGCCUUGAAAGGUUAAGAAAUUUAGAAUAUCUUAAGUAUCCAACGUGUUCUGCAAAGUCCAUAAAAGCAGCAGCGGAGGAGCGCAAGAGCAGCAAGACCAUGGAAAAGUUAUUAGCUGAUUCCAAACCAACCAAGGCAGUAAGUCCAUCUCCACCAACACACAGAAUAAAGAGGGAAAGGAUUGACCGUUCUGUCAGUCGUGAAGAAAGAAGAAGAUUGAAGAUGGAGCGGUCAGAACUCCAUGAAAAGACCAUCCGUGAGGCAAAGAGGGAGAGAAAAGUUGACAAGAAAAUUGAGAAGAAAGUCAUUAAGCGAGAGGAGAAGAGAGAAAAGAUUGAAGAUAGGAAGGAAGAGAAAGUUACAACUGAACUUGAAGAAACAAAGGAAAAGGUGAAUGGCUAUGAUAUUGCCUUAGACUCCUUAGAAACUAGUGAAGACAAGAAAUUGAUACCCACAGAAGUUGCGAAAACCAAAGAAGAAUCACAAAGAAUAACAGAUGUUAUUGAUAGUAAAGAUACCAAAGAACCUAGUCUAGUUUCUAAAGCAGAGGUUAUAACAGAAAAAGAAAAGUCCAUAGAACAAAAAGAAAGAGCAAGAAAAGCAGUAGAUUUAGAAACUAGAAUACAAACCAUUGAAACUGCAGAAAUCAAAGAACUGCAGGAGAUAGAAUUAACAGAUGUCAAAGAGGCAUCUUUGGUUUCUGCUGAAUCAGGUGUUGUGACUGGUGAAGAGAGAGAAUCUUCUCUUGAAAUUGAACAAACAAAAGAACUAAAGGAGAAGCCGAAACCAAAGGAAAAGAAAAUAAAGGAAUCGGGAACUCCUGAUAGACCUAAGAGAUACCGAAAGCCCAAGGUAGAAUCACGCAUCGAUACUGGCGAUAGAAGAACGAGAAUAGAAGAAAGAACACAGCGGCUUGAAAAAAGAGCUAAAGAAAGAAAAAGCCUCGAAAGAAAAGAAAGAAGAGAACGUAAAGCAGAGCUUGAAGGAAAGAAGGAAGGGGAACCAUCUGAUAAAAAACCUGAGGUAAAGGAGAGAAAAAUAAGAAAACUAAAGAAGCCUGAAAGUAAACUUGAUGAAACUGGCACUCCCAAAAAAUCUAGAACUCCAGAGACAAAGAGACGCCUUAAGAAGACUGCAGUACCAGAAAAAGAAGUUAAUGGAGAAGUCAGACUACCCAAACCUCCUGUUCCUAAAGCACCAAGGGGUGAAAGAAGAAUAAUUCCUAAAACUACACCUACUACCAGAGAAAUUACGCACAAGAAACUUGUUGAUGACAGAAACAGAGCAGCAAAGGCCGCUGAAGCUGCAAAGAAGGAGCAGAAGCCCAAGCCUUCCACACCCAGAACUGCAUUGAAGCAGGCAGCACCUGGAAGAACUCCAAAGCCCAAGAAGAUAGAGAAACCACCUGUACCUAAACCAGAUGGACCAAUGAAAAAGAUCAUCACUGGUGCAGCUGUGAAAGCAGGUGUCAUGGCUGCAGCUGUAUCGGGUGUUGCUGUGGUUGAAGCAGCAGCUGACCGUGAGGAUGUUGAAGAAAUUGUCGCACCCAUGAAGGAGGCCGAUGAUCUUAUGCUUGCCCCUGACCAAGACGAAGAAGAUCGUAUCUCAGACAUUGCCAACAUCCCAGGAGUACAAGAAAUCAAGUUAGAUGAGGACACCUUGCAAAUUAUUGAUAAACAACAACUCGAGGAGGAAGAAAAGGAUUCUCUUAUCCUGCAUGAGGAAGGUGUUGUGGAGCAUGUCGAAAAAGAAGAUGUAAUUGAAGAAGUUGAGGAACUUGUGGAAGCUGAAAAGGAAACUGAAGAAGAGGAGGAGGAAGAAGAAGAAGAGGAGGAGGAAGAAGAGGAGGAAGAAGAGGAGGAGGAAGAAGAAGAAGUCGAAGAAAGAGAACCUGAGGAAGAGAUUGAAAAGGAAGAAAAAUUAAGAGAAAAAUUAAAAGCAGAAGAAGAGGAAGAAGAGGAGGAGGAGGAGGAAGAAGAAGAAGAGGAGGAGGAGGAAGUGCUUGAAGAUGAGGAAAAAGUAAGCAUUGAAGAAAAAGAAGAUGAGUCAGAAAAGAAAAAGAAAGAAGACAAAAUUACUCACUUGGAAGAAAAAGUUGAAGAUAUUGCUAAGCUUGAAGAAAAACAUGAGACUGAAGAUAUAUACGAGAAGAUUGAGACAGAAGAUAGAGAUGUUUAUGCCACAUUACCAAGCAGUGCAAAACUCACAGAAUAUAAAGAAAAAUAUGAAGAGAAACCCAUCCGAGGGUUAUUCACUGGAUUUGCCAUACCUGCCACCGAACCAAAGGAAGUUUUACCAAAGGAGCCAAGUCCAAAACCAAAAGAAGAAGUUACUGUUCCAACAUCCCUCCCAGAAGCAAUUUUCAAACCUUCGGCACCACCAGUUCAUCCUCGAGAGAUCAUCAAGACACCAGAUGAAGUGGACGACCUGCCAAUUCAUGAAGAAGUCGAAUCCAUCGAAUGUGAUAUAUAUGAGAAGGAUAUUGAGACAGAAAAGCCAUCUGAAGAAGAGCUCGAUGUAGGUUCUCCUAUGCUAGAAGUUAAGGGAGAGUUACAAAUUAGAGAAGAAGUAGCAGCAGAGAAACACGAAAGGGAGAUCGUUAAAGAAAUAUCCAAAGAAAGUGAAGUGGAGGAAGAACUCGAAGAAGACGAAAUCUCAAGAGAAGAGAAGCCCUCCAAAUCUUUGGAUGAGUUUGAGGCAAAAUAUGCUGAAUUUAAGGCCACUGCUGUGUCAGAGGUAAUUCAAAAGGGUGAGAAGGUUACUGAACCUAUGGAAAUCACCAAGAUAGACAAAACCGAGCUUUUAAAAGAUAUUGCACAAACUCUAGGGGAAAAAGAAGAACCAAUUAAACCAAAACUUCCUGAAACCGUUGCAGAUGAAAUGGAAGCGGUUCAUGAGCUGCCAGUUGUAAAAGACCAAAAGCCAACUAAAGUCGUUACACCAUAUGAAGAACUUGAAUUAGAAAAAGUUCCUGAAAAAGAAAAACGGGACAAAGAAGAAAAAGAAAUCGAUGAAUUGGAAGAGGAGGAUAAAGAAGCAGUAGAAGUUAAAGAAAAGGAAAUCACUGAGAUGAUGGAAAAGGAUCAAGUUUAUAAAAAGAUUGAAGAAGACAAGAAAGAAGUGAAAGUUGAAGAAGAGAAAGUACCUAUCAAAGAUACCACAGCAGAUAUUGUGACAAUGGAGGAAAUAGAAAAGGAGAAGGUGGUGGUUAAAUACAUCAUUGAGGAAAUUCAAGAAAUGAGGCGGUUAGGUAGGUCAAGAAAAGAAAUAAUUGAAUAUAUCGAAAUUCACAGAAGACGACUACAUGAGAGAAUCAAGACUGAAAUGACAAAACACGAAAAAGAACUUCUUGAACAACAAGUAAAGGAAAUUGAUGAAGUUGAGAAAGAAGUAAAGGAAGAAGUUACACAAGAAGUAAAGAGAGUAGAAGAAUUGAGGAAAGAAGAAAAACCAAUUGUGACAGAAGAAAAGGAGAAGAUCGUUCCUGAUGUGACCAAACCAUUAGAACCUGAAAAGGUUGAACAUGUAGACAUUAUUGAAGAAAUUUAUGAAAUGAGGAGAUUAGGUAGGUCUAGGGAAGAAAUAAUUGAAUAUAUUGAAAUACACAGACGAAGAUUACGUGACAGAGCUAAGGUAGAAGUUUCCAAAGAGGAAAAAGAACUUCUUGAAAAGCAGAUGAAGGAAAUAGAUGAAGUUGAACUAGAAGUAGAGAAAGAAGAAAUCAAAGAAGAAAAACCAAUUGUAACGGAGGAGAAAGAAGUUAAGGAGAAGGUCGUUCCUGAUGUGACCAAACCAUUAGAACCUGAAAAGGUCGAACAUGUAGACAUUAUUGAAGAAAUUUAUGAAAUGAGGAGAUUAGGUAGGUCUAGGGAAGAAAUAAUUGAAUAUAUUGAAAUCCACAGACGAAGAUUACGUGACAGAGCUAAGGUAGAAGUUUCCAAAGAGGAAAAAGAACUUCUUGAAAAGCAGAUGAAGGAAAUAGAUGAAGUUGAACGAGACGUAGAGAAAGUAGAAAUCAAAGAAGAAAAACCAAUUGUAACGGAGGAGAAAGAAGUUAAGGAGAAGGUCGUUCCUGAUGUGACCAAACCAUUAGAACCUGAAAAGGUCGAACAUGUAGACAUUAUUGAAGAAAUUUAUGAAAUGAGGAGAUUAGGUAGGUCUAGGGAAGAAAUAAUUGAAUAUAUUGAAAUCCACAGACGAAGAUUACGUGACAGAGCUAAGGUAGAAGUUUCCAAAGAUGAAAAAGAACUUCUUGAAAAACAGAUGAAGGAAAUAGAUGUAGUUGAACUAGAAGUAGAGAAAGAAGAAAUCAAAGAAGAACCAAUUGUGACGGAGGAGAAAGAAGUUAAGGAGAAGGUCGUUCCUGAUGUGACCAAACCAUUAGAACCUGAAAAGGUCGAACAUGUAGACAUUAUUGAAGAAAUUUAUGAAAUGAGGAGAUUAGGUAGGUCUAGGGAAGAAAUAAUUGAAUAUAUUGAAAUCCACAGACGAAGAUUACGUGACAGAGCUAAGGUAGAAGUUUCCAAAGAUGAAAAAGAACUUCUUGAAAAACAGAUGAAGGAAAUAGAUGUAGUUGAACUAGAAGUAGAGAAAGAAGAAAUCAAAGAAGAACCAAUUGUGACGGAGGAGAAAGAAGUUAAGGAGAAGGUCGUUCCUGAUGUGACCAAACCAUUAGAACCUGAAAAGGUCGAACAUGUAGACAUUAUUGAAGAAAUUUAUGAAAUGAGGAGAUUAGGUAGGUCUAGGGAAGAAAUAAUUGAAUAUAUUGAAAUCCACAGACGAAGAUUACGUGACAGAGCUAAGGUAGAAGUUUCCAAAGAUGAAAAAGAACUUCUUGAAAAACAGAUGAAGGAAAUAGAUGUAGUUGAACUAGAAGUAGAGAAAGAAGAAAUCAAAGAAGAACCAAUUGUGACGGAGGAGAAAGAAGUUAAGGAGAAGGUCGUUCCUGAUGUGACCAAACCAUUAGAACCUGAAAAGGUCGAACAUGUAGACAUUAUUGAAGAAAUUUAUGAAAUGAGGAGAUUAGGUAGGUCUAGGGAAGAAAUAAUUGAAUAUAUUGAAAUCCACAGACGAAGAUUACGUGACAGAGCUAAGGUAGAAGUUUCCAAAGAUGAAAAAGAACUUCUUGAAAAACAGAUGAAGGAAAUAGAUGAAGUAGAGGAUGAAAUAGAGAAAGAAGAAAUCAAAAAAGAAAAACCAAUUGAAGAAAAACCAACUGUUACAGAGGAGAAAGAAGAUAAGGAGAAGGUCGUUCCUGAUGUAACCAAACCAUUAGAACCUGAAAAGGUCGAACAUGUAGACAUUAUUGAAGAAAUUUAUGAAAUGAGGAGAUUAGGUAGGUCUAGGGAAGAAAUAAUUGAAUAUAUUGAAAUCCACAGACAAAGAUUACGUGACAGAGCUAAGGUAGAAGUUUCCAAAGAUGAAAAAGAACUUCUUGAAGAGCAGAUGAAGGAAAUAGAUGAAGUUGAACGAGAAGUAGAGAAAGAAGAAAUCAAAGAAGAAAAACCAAUUGUGACGGAGGAGAAAGAAGAUAAGGAGAAGGUCGUUCCUGAUGUAACCAAACCAUUAGAACCUGAAAAGGUCGAACAUGUAGACAUUAUUGAAGAAAUUUAUGAAAUGAGGAGAUUAGGUAGGUCUAGGGAAGAAAUAAUUGAAUAUAUUGAAAUCCACAGACGAAGAUUACGUGACAGAGCUAAGGUAGAAGUUUCCAAAGAUGAAAAAGAACUUCUUGAAAAGCAGAUGAAGGAAAUAGAUGAAGUUGAACGAGAAGUAGAGAAAGUAGAAAUCAAAGAAGAAAAACCAAUUGUGACAGAAGUAAAGGAGGAGGUCAUUCCUGAUGUAACCAAACCAUUAAUAACUCAACUAAUAGAACAUGAAGACUUAAUCAAGGAAAUUCAUGAAAUGAAGAGAUUAGGUAGGCCAAGAGAAGAAAUUAUUGAAUAUAUUGAAAUCCACAGAAAACAACUUCGGUACAGAGCUAAGGUUGAAGUUUCAAAAGAAGAAAAAGAACUUAUUGAAAAUAUGAUUAAGGAAACAGAUGAAGUUGAGAAAGACAUUGGAGUGAAAAUUGAAGAAAUCAAGAAAGAGGAGAAACCAGUUCUAGAAAAACCAACUGUGACAGAGGUGAAAGAGGAAAAGGACAUUCUUGAUGUGACCAAACCAGUAGAACCUGAAAAGGUUGAACAUGUAGACAUUAUUGAAGAAAUUUAUGAAAUGAGGAGAUUAGGUAGGUCUAGGGAAGAAAUAAUUGAAUAUAUUGAAAUCCACAGACGAAGAUUACGUGACAGAGCUAAGGUAGAAGUUUCCAAAGCUGAAAAAGAACUUCUUGAAAAGCAGAUGAAGGAAAUGGAUGAACUUGAAGAAGUAGAAAAAGAAGAAAUUAAAAAAGAAAAACCACUCGAAGAAAAACCAAUUGUGACAGAAGUAAAGGAGGAGGUCAUUCCUGAUGUAACCAAACCAUUAAUAACCCAACUAAUAGAACAUGAAGACAUUAUCAAAGAAAUUCAUGAAAUGAAGAGAUUAGGUAGGCCAAGAGAAGAAAUUAUUGAAUAUAUUGAAAUCCACAGAAAACAACUUCGGUACAGAGCUAAGGUUGAAGUUUCAAAAGAAGAAAAAGAACUUCUUGAUAAUAUGAUUAAGGAAGUAGAUGAAGUUGAGAAAGGAGUACUGGUGGAAGAAGUUACAAAAUUGAAAGUUGAAGAAAAACCAAUUGUGACAGAGGAGAAAGAAGAUAAGGAGAAGGCUGUUCCUGAUGUAACCAAACCAUUAAUACCUGAAAAGGUCGAACAUGUAGACAUUAUUGAAGAAAUUUAUGAAAUGAGGAGAUUAGGUAGGUCUAGGGAAGAAAUAAUUGAAUAUAUUGAAAUCCACAGACGAAGAUUACGUGACAGAGCUAAGGUAGAAGUUUCCAAAGAUGAAAAAGAACUUCUUGAAGAGCAGAUGAAGGAAAUUGAUGAAGUCGAGGAAGAAAUAGAAAAAGAAGAAAUCAAAAAAGAAAAACCAAUUGUGACGGAGGAGAAAGAAGUUAAGGAGAAGGUCGUUCCUGAUGUGACCAAACCACUAGAACCUGAAAAGGUCGAACAUGUAGACAUUAUUGAAGAAAUUUAUGAAAUGAGGAGAUUAGGUAGGUCUAGGGAAGAAAUAAUUGAAUAUAUUGAAAUCCACAGACGAAGAUUACGUGACAGAGCUAAGGUAGAAGUUUCCAAAGAGGAAAAAGAUCUUUUUGAAAAGCAGAUGAAGGAAAUCGAUGAAGCAGAGGAAGAAGUUACAAGAGAAGCAGAGAAAGUAGAAGAAAUAAAAGAAGAACCAAUUGUAGAAAAGCUUUUGACAGAAAAGAAAGAGGAAAAGGUUCUCCCUGAUGUAACCAAGCCAUUAUUAACUGAAGAGGUAAAAGACAUUGAUAUCACUGAAGAAAUUGAAGAAAUGAGGCGAUUAGGCAAGACAACGAAAGAAAUUGCUGAAUAUAUUGAAAUCCACGAAAGGAAACAACGCGAAAGAGUUGAACUUGAAGUAGCCAAAGAGGAAAAAGAACUUCCUGAAAAAGAAAUAAAGAAAGAAGUUGCAAAAGAAGUGGAGGAAAUUACAAAACUUAAGAAAGAUGAAAUUCUCAAGAAAGAUGAAAAGAAAGAAGAAAUUGAGAAAGAAAUAAAGAAAAUAGAAGAUAUCCCUAAAGUAGCAAAAGAAGUUAUUGAAGAAAUAAAGAAAGCUGAAGACAUUCCCAAAGUUGACAAAAUCCCUGAAGAAUUAAAGGAAAUUAAAGUAAUUCAUACAGAAAAAGAAGUUAUUGAAGAAGUAAAGGAAGUAGAAGAAAUUCCUAAAGAAGAAAAAGAAGUUACUGAAGAAGUCAAGGAAGUAGAAGAAAUUCCUAAGGAAGUAAAGAAAGUAGAAGAAAUUCCUAAGGAAGUAACGAAAGUAGAAGAAAUUCCAAAAGAAAAAGAAGUUAUUGAAGAAGUCAAGGAAGUAGAAGAAAUUCCUAAGGAAGUAAAGAAAGUAGAAGAAAUUCCUAAGGAAGUAAAGAAAGUAGAAGAAAUUCCCAAAGAAGAAAAAGAAGUUAUUGAAGAAGUCAAGGAAGUAGAAGAAAUUCCUAAGGAAGUAAAGAAAGUAGAAGAAAUUCCAAAAGAAAAAGAAGUUAUUGAAGAAGUCAAGGAAGUAGAAGAAAUUCCUAAGGAAGUAAAGAAAGUAGAAGAAAUUCCAAAAGAAAAAGAAGUUAUUGAAGAAGUCAAGGAAGUAGGAGAAAUUCCUAAGGAAGUAAAGAAAGUAGAAGAAAUUCCUAAGGAAGUAAAGAAAGUAGAAGAAAUUCCCAAAGAGGAAAAAGAAGUUAUUGAAGAAGUCAAGGAAGUAGAAGAAAUUCCUAAGGAAGUAAAGAAAGUAGAAGAAAUUCCAAAAGAAAAAGAAAUUAUUGAAGAAGUCAAGGAAGUAGGAGAAAUUCCUAAGGAAGUAAAGAAAGUAGAAGAAAUUCCCAAAGAAGAAAGAGAAGUUAUUGAAGAAAUAAAGAAAGUAGAAGAAAUUCCUAAGGAAGUAAAGAAAUUAGAAGUAAUUCCCAAAGAAAAAGUUACUGAAGAAGUCAAGGAAGUAGAAGAAAUUCCUAAGGAAGUAAAGAAAGUAGAAGAAAUUCCUAAGGAAGUAAAGAAAGUAGAAGAAAUUCCAAAAGAAAAAGAAGUUAUUGAAGAAGUCAAGGAAGUAGAAGAAAUUCCUAAGGAAGUAAAGAAAGUAGAAGAAAUUCCUAAGGAAGUAAAGAAAGUAGAAGAAAUUCCAAAAGAAAAAGAAGUUAUUGAAGAAGUCAAGGAAGUAGAAGAAAUUCCUAAGGAAGUAAAGAAAGUAGAAGAAAUUCCAAAAGAAAAAGAAGUUAUUGAAGAAGUCAAGGAAGUAGGAGAAAUUCCUAAGGAAGUAAAGAAAGUAGAAGAAAUUCCUAAGGAAGUAAAGAAAUUAGAAGAAAUUCCCAAAGAAGAAAAAGAAGUUAUUGAAGAAGUCAAGGAAGUAGAAGAAAUUCCUAAGGAAGUAAAGAAAGUAGAAGAAAUUCCAAAAGAAAAAGAAGUUAUUGAAGAAGUCAAGGAAGUAGAAGAAAUUCCUAAGGCAGUAAAGAAAGUAGAAGAAAUUCCCAAAGAAGAAAGAGAAGUUAUUGAAGAAAUAAAGAAAGUAGAAGAAAUUCCUAAGGAAAUACAGAAAUUAGAAGUAAUUCCCAAAGAAAAAGAAGUUACUGAAGAAGUCAAGGAAGUAGAAGAAAUUCCUAAGGAAGUAAAGACAGUAGAAGAAAUUCCUAAGGAAGUAAAGAAAGUAGAAGAAAUUCCAAAAGAAGAAAAAGAAGUUAUUGAAGAAGUAAAGAAAGUAGAAGAAAUUCCCAAAGAAGAAAAAGAAGUUAUUGAAGAAGUAAAGAAAGUAGAAGAAAUUCCCAAAGAAGAAAAAGAAUUUAUUGAAGAAGUAAAGAAAGUAGAAGAAAUUCCUAAGGAAGUAAAGAAAGUAGAAGAAAUUUCUAAAGAAAAGAAAGUAGAAGAAAUUCCCAAAGAAGUAAAGAAAGUUGAGGAAAUCCCCAAAGAAGAAAUCCCUGCACUUGAAAAAGUUGUUGAAGAAGUAAAGAAAGUAGAAGAAAUUCCUAAAGAAGUAAAGAAAGUAGAAGAAAUUCCUAAAGAAGUAAAGAAAGUAGAAGAAAUUCCUAAAGAAGUAAAGAAAGUAGAAGAAAUUCCUAAAGAAGUAAAGAAAGUAGAAGAAAUUUCUAAAGAGGAAAAAGAAGUUAUUGAAGAGGCAAAGAAAGUAGAAGAAAUUCCUAAAGAAGUAAAGAAAUUAGAAGAAAUUCCUAAGGAAGUGAAGAAAGUAGAAGAAAUCCCUAAACUUGAAAAAGAUGUUAUUGAAGAAGUAAAGAAAGUAGAAGAAAUUCCCAAAGAAGAAAGAGAAGUUAUUGAAGAAAUUAAGAAAGUAGAAGAAAUUCCUAAGGAAGUAAAGAAAGUAGAAGAAAUUCCGAAAGAAGAAAAAGAAGUUAUUGAAGAAGUCAAGGAAGUAGAAGAAAUUCCUAAGGAAGUAAAGAAAGUAGAAGAAAUUCCCAAAGAAGAAAAGAAAGUUGAGGAAAUCCCCAAAGAAGAAAUCCCUGCACUUGAAAAAGUUGUUGAAAAAGUAAAGAAAGUCGAAGAAAUUCCUAAAGAAGUAAAGAAAGUAGAAGAAAUUCCCAAAGAAGAAAAAGAAGUUAUUGAAGAAGUAAAGAAAGUAGAAGAAAUUCCCAAAGAAGAAAAAGAAGUUAUUGAAGAAGUAAAGAAAGUAGAAGAAAUUCCCAAAGAAGAAAAAGAAGUUAUUGAAGAAGUAAAGAAAGUAGAAGAAAUUCCCAAAGAAGUAAAGAAAGUUGAGGAAAUCCCCAAAGAAGAAAUCUCUGUUCUUGAAAAAGUUGUUGAAGAAGUAAAGAAAGUCAAAGAAAUUCCUAAAGAAGUAAAGAAAGUAGAAGAAAUUCCCAAAGAAGAAAAAGAAGUUAUUGAAAAAGUAAAGAAAGUAGAAGAAAUUCCCAAAGAAGUAAAGAAAGUUGAGGAAAUCCCCAAAGAAGAAAUCCCUGCACUUGAAAAAGAAGUUGUUGAAGAAGUAAAGAAAGUCGAAGAAAUUCCUAAAGAUGUGAAGGAAGUAGAAGAAAUUCCUAAGGAAGUGAAGAAGGUAGAAGAACUCCCUGAAGAAGUAAAGAAAGUUGAGGAAAUUCCAAAAGAAGUGAAGAAAGAAGAAAUUCCUAAGGAAGUAAAGAAAGUAGAAGAAAUUCCUGAAGUAAAGAAAGUUGAGGAAAUUCCGAAAGAAGUAACGAAAGUUGAAGAAAUCCCCAAAGAAGAAAUCCCUGCACUUGAAAAAGUUGCUGAAGAAGUAAAGAAAGUCGAAGAAAUUCCUAAAGAAGUAAGGAAAGAAGAAAUUCCUAAGGAAGUAAAGAAAGUAGAAGAAAUUCCUGAAGUAAAGAAAGUAGAAGUAAUUCCAGAAGUAAAGAAAGUUGAGGAAAUUCCGAAAGAAGUAACGAAAGUUGAAGAAAUCCCCAAAGAAGAAAUCCCUGCACUUGAAAAAGUUGUUGAAGAAGUAAAGAAAGUCGAAGAAAUUCCUAAAGAAGUAAAGAAAGUAGAAGAAAUUCCCAAAGAAGAAAAAGAAGUUAUUGAAGAAGUAAAGAAAGUAGAAGAAAUUCUCAAAGAAGUAAAGAAAGUUGAUGAAAUUUCUAAAGAAGAAAAGAAAGUAGAAGAAAUUCCCAAAGAAGUAAAGAAAGUUGAGGAAAUCCCCAAAGAAGAAAUCCCUGCACUUGAAAAAGAAGUUGUUGAAGAAGUAAAGGAAUUCGAAGAAAUUCCUAAAGAAGUAAAGGAAGUAGAAGAAAUUCCUAAAGAUGUAAAGAAAAUAGAAGAAAUUCCUAAGGAAGUGAAGAAAGUAGAAGAAAUUCCUAAAGAGGAAAAAGAAGUUAUUGAAGAGGUAAAGAAAGUAGAAGAAAUUCCCAAAGAAGUAAAGAAAGUUGAGGAAGUUUCUAAAGAAGAAAAGAAAGUCGAAGAAAUUCCCAAAGAGGAAAAAGAAGUUAUUGAAGAGGUAAAGAAAGUAGAAGAAAUUCCUAAAGAAGUAUCGAAAGUAGAAGAAAUUCCUAAGGAAGUGAAGAAGGUACAAGAACUCCCUGAAGAAGUAAAGAAAGUUGAGGAAAUUCCUAGAGAAGUAAAGAAAGAAGAAAUUCCUGAAGAAGCAAAGAAAGUAGAAGUAAUUCCAGAAGAAGUAAAGGAAGUUGAGGAAAUUCCGAAAGAAGUAACGAAAGUUGAAGAAAUCCCUAAAGAAGAAAUCUCUAAACUUGAAAAAGAAGUUAUUGAAGUAAAGAAAGUAGAAGAAAUUCCCAAAGAAGUUAUUGAAGAAAUAAAGAAAGUAGAAGAAAUUCCUAAAGAAGUCAAGAAAGUAGAAGAAAUUCCCAAAGAAGAAAAAGAAGUUCUUGAAGUAAAGAAAGUAGAAAUCCCCAAAGAAGAAAUUCCUACACUAGAAAAAGAAGAAAUCCCUACACUAGAAAAAGAAGUUAUUGAAGUAGUAAAGAAAGAAGAAAUUCCCAAAGAAGAAAAAGAAGUUAUUGAAGAGGUAAAGAAAGUAGAAGAAAUUCCUAAAGAAGUAUCGAAAGUAGAAGAAAUUCCUAAGGAAGUGAAGAAGGUACAAGAGCUCCCUGAAGAAGUAAAGAAAGUUGAGGAAAUUCCUAGAGAAGUAAAGAAAGAAGAAAUUCCUGAAGAAGCAAAGAAAGUAGAAGUAAUUCCAGAAGAAGUAAAGGAAGUUGAGGAAAUUCCGAAAGAAGUAACGAAAGUUGAAGAAAUCCCUAAAGAAGAAAUCUCUAAACUUGAAAAAGAAGUUAUUGAAGUAAAGAAAGUAGAAGAAAUUCCCAAAGAAGAAAAAGAAGUUAUUGAAGAAAUAAAGAAAGUAGAAGAAAUUCCUAAAGAAAUCAAGAAAGUAGAAGAAAUUCCCAAAGAAGAAAAAGAAGUUCUUGAAGUAAAGAAAGUAGAAAUCCCCAAAGAAGAAAUUCCUACACUAGAAAAAGAAGAAAUCCCUACACUAGAAAAAGAAGUUAUUGAAGUAGUAAAGAAAGAAGAAAUUCCCAAAGAAGAAAAGGAAGUUAUUGAAGAAAUAAAGAAAGUAGAAGAAAUUCCUAAAGAAGUCAAGAAAGUAGAAGAAAUUCCCAAAGAGGAAAAAGAAGUUAUUGAAGCAGUAAAGAAAGUAGAAGAAAUUCCCAAAGAAGCAAAGAAAGUUGAGGAAAUUCCUAAAGAAGAAAAGAAAGUAGACGAAAUUCCCAAAGAAGAAAAAGUUAUCGAAGAAGUAAAGAAGGUUGAAGAAAUCCUUAAACUAGAAAAGGAAGUUAUUGAAGAAGUAAAGAAAGUGGAAGAAAUUCCCAAAGAAGAAAAAGAAGUUAUUGAAGAAGUAAAGAAAGUAGAGGAAAUUCCCAAAGAAGAAAAAGAAGUUAUUGAAGAAGUAAAGAAAGUAGAAAUCCCUGAAGAAGAAUUUCCUACACUAGAAAAAGAAGAAAUUCCUACACUAGAAAAAGAAGUUCUUGAAGAAGUAAAGAAAGUAGAAGAAAUUCCCAAAGAAGCAAAGAAAGUUGAGGAAAUUCCUAAAGAAAAGAAAGUAGUAGAAACUCCCAAAGAAGAAAAAGAAGUUAUCGAAGAAGUAAAGAAGGUUGAAGAAAUCCUUAAACUAGAAAAGGAAGUUAUUGAAGAAGUAGAGAAAGUAGAAGAAAUUCCCAAAGAAGGAAAAGAAGUUAUUGAAGAAGUAAAGAAAGUAGAAGAAAUUCCCAAAGAAAAAGAAGUUAUUGAAGAAGUAAAGAAAGUAGAAAUCCCUAAAGAAGAAAUUCCUACACUAGAAAAAGAAGAAAUCGCUACACUAGAAAAAGAAGUUAUUGAAGUAGUAAAGAAAGUAGAAGAAAUUCCCAAAGAAGCAAAGAAAGUUGAGGAAAUUCCUAAAGAAGAAAUUCCUACACUAGAAAAAGAAGUUAUUGAAGAAGUAAAGAAAGAAGAAAUUCCCAAAGAAGCAAAGAAAGUUGAGGAAAUUACUAAAGAAAAGAAAGAAGAAAUUCCCAAAGAAGAAAAAGAAGUUAUCGAAGAAGUAAAGAAGGUUGAAGAAAUCCCUAAACUAGAAAAGGAAGUUAUUGAAGAAGUAAAGAAAGUAGAAGAAAUUCCAAAAGAAGGAAAAGUUAUUGAAGAAGUAAAGAAAGUAGAAGAAAUUCCCAAAGAAAAAGAAGUUAUUGAAGAAGUAAAGAAAGUAGAAAUCCCUAAAGAAGAAAUUCCUACACUAGAAAAAGAAGAAAUCGCUACACUAGAAAAAGAAGUUAUUGAAGUAGUAAAGAAAGUAGAAGAAAUUCCCAAAGAAGCAAAGAAAGUUGAGGAAAUUCCUAAAGAAGAAAAGAAAGUAGAAGAAAUUCCCAAAGAAAAAGUUAUCGAAGAAGUAAAGGUUGAAGAAAUCCCUAAACUAGAAAAGGAAGUUAUUGAAGAAGUAAAGAAAGUAGAAGAAAUUCCCAAAGAAGAAAAAGAAGUUAUUGAAGUAGAGAAAGUAGAAGAAAUUCCUAAAGAAGUAAAGAAAGUAGAAAUCCCUAAAGAAGAAAUUCCUACACUAGAAAAAGAAGUUAUUGAAGAAGUAAUGAAAGUAGAAGAAAUUCCCAAAGAAGCAAAGAAAGUUGAGGAAAUUACUAAAGAAAAGAAAGUAGAAGAAAUUCCCAAAAAAGAAAAAGAAGUUAUCGAAGAAGUAAAGAAGGUUGAAGAAAUCCCUAAACUAGAGAAGGAAAUUAUUGAAGAAGUAAAGAAAGUAGAAGAAAUUCCUAAAGAGGUAAAGAAAGUUGAAAUCAGAAAAGAAGAAAAAGAAGUUGUUGUAGUAAAGAAAGUAGAAGAAAUGGAAAUUGUUGAAGUAAAGAAGGUAGAAGAAAUUACCAAAGAAGAAAGGGAAGUUGCUGAAGAAAUAAAGACCGUAGAAGAAAUUACCAAAGAAGAAAAGGAAGUUGUUGAAGUAAAGAAAGUAGAAGAAAUUACUAAAGAAGAAAGGGAAGUUGCUGAAGAAUUAAAGACAGUAGAAGAAAUUUCCAAAGAAGAAAAGGAAGUUGUUGAAGUAAAGAAAGUAGAAGAAAUUACCAAAGAAGAAAGGGAAGUUGCUGAAGAAAUAAAGACAGUAAAAGAAAUUACCAAAGAAGAAAAGGAAGUUGUUGAAGUAAAGAAAGUAGAGGAAAUCACAAAAGAAGAAAAAGUUGAAGUAGAAAAAGUAGAAGUUACCAAAGAAGAAAAGGAAAUUGCUGAAGAAGUAAAGAAAGUAGAUGAAGUUACAAAGGUAGAGAAAGAAAUUAUUGAAAGGGAAGAGAAGAAAGAAAAAUUAAAAGUGUUCGAAGAGGUAAAGAAAGUUGAUGCAAAGGAAAUUGAAAAAAGUAAGUUGUUGGAUAAGCAAAGGGACCAAAUUACCGAAUAUAUUGAAACACAGGAAUUGACUGAGAAGGAAGAUUUAGUUAGUAAGGAGGCUGUUAGUGUAGUAUGUGAUAUUAGUGAUAAAGUUCUCAAGACAGACAUUUCCGUGAUCGAGAAAAAGGAAGUUACUGUAAAGAGAGUGGAGGAGAUAGUCGAGGUUACAGAAAAAGAAAUCGUAGAAGAAAAACUUACAAUUGAUGUUACAACCAAGGAGUUAGAUGAUACAGCUGCAUCUUUAUCUCCUAAGAGUGAUAUUUCUAUCAGUGUUAAAAGUGAUAUCAGUGGUAAGGAGGUUAAAGAAGCCUUAAUUAUUGAUAUUACAAAGAAACCAACAGAAGAAGCCCCAGUAUCUCCUAAGAGUGACAUCUCUGUGAGUGUAAAGAGUGACGUCAGUAAGGAGGCUGAAGAAGCCUUAAUAAUUGAUAUUACAAAGAAACCAACAGAAGAAGCUCCAGUAUCUCCUAAGAGUGACAUCUCUGUGAGUGUAAAGAGUGAAGUCAGUUCUAAGGAAGCAAAGGAAGACAUUUCCAAGAAAUCAGUUGAAGAGGUCCCACUUUCUCCUAAGAGUGACAUCUCUGUCAGUGUAAAGAGUGAAGUCAGUUCUAAGGAAGCAAAGGAAGACAUUUCCAUGAAAUCAGAGGAAGAGGUCCCACUUUCUCCUAAGAGUGACAUCUCUGUCAGCGUCAAGAGUGAAGUCAGUUCUAAGGAAGCAAAGGAAGACAUUUCCAAGAAAUCAGUUGAAGAGGUCCCACUUUCUCCUAAGAGUGACAUCUCUGUCAGUGUAAAGAGUGAAGUCAGUUCUAAGGAAGCAAAGGAAGACAUUUCCAUGAAAUCAGAGGAAGAGGUCCCACUUUCUCCUAAGAGUGACAUCUCUGUCAGUGUAAAGAGUGAUGUCAGUGCUAAGGAGGUUAAAGAAGCCUUAAUAAUUGAUAUUACAAAGAAACCAACAGAAGAAGCUCCAGUAUCUCCUAAGAGUGACAUCUCUGUGAGUGUAAAGAGUGAUGUCAGUUUAAAGGAAGAUGUCUCCAAGAAAUCAGUUGAAGAGGUCCCACUUUCUCCUAAGAGUGACGUCUCUGUCAGUGUAAAGAGUGAAGUCAGUGCUAAGGAGGCUAAAGAAGAAGCCUUUGUAAUUGAUAUUACAAAGAUACCAACAGAAGAAGCUCCAGUAUCUCCAAAGAGUGACAUCUCUGUGAGUGUAAAGAGUGAAGUCAGUUCCAAGAAAUCAGAGGAAGAGGUCCCACUUUCUCCUAAGAGUGACAUCUCUGUCAGUGUAAAGAGUGAUGUCAGUGCUAAGGAGGCUAAAGAAGAAGCCUUUGUAAUUGAUAUUACAAAGAAACCAACAGAAGAAGCUCCAGUAUCUCCAAAGAGUGACAUCUCUGUGAGUGUAAAGAGUGAUGUCAGUGCUAAGGAAGCUAAAGAAGAAGCCUUAAUAAUUGAUAUUACAAAGAAACCAACAGAAGAAACUCCAGUAUCUCCUAAGAGUGACAUCUCUGUCAGUGUAAAGAGUGAAGUCAGUUCUAAGGAAGCAAAGGAAGACAUUUCCAUGAAAUCAGAGGAAGAGGUCCCACUUUCUCCUAAGAGUGACAUCUCUGUCAGCGUCAAGAGUGAAGUCAGUUCUAAGGAAGCAAAGGAAGACAUAUCCAUGAAAUCAGAGGAAGAGGUCCCACUUUCUCCUAAGAGUGACAUCUCUGUCAGUGUAAAGAGUGAUGUCAGUGCUAAGGAGGUUAAAGAAGCCUUAAUAAUUGAUAUUACAAAGAAACCAACAGAAGAAGCUCCAGUAUCUCCUAAGAGUGACAUCUCUGUGAGUGUAAAGAGUGAUGUCAGUUUAAAGGAAGAUGUCUCCAAGAAAUCAGUUGAAGAGGUCCCACUUUCUCCUAAGAGUGACAUCUCUGUCAGUGUAAAGAGUGAAGUCAGUUCUAAGGAAGCAAAGGAAGACAUUUCCAAGAAAUCAGAGGAAGAGGUCCCACUUUCUCCUAAGAGUGACAUCUCUGUGAGUGUAAAGAGUGAUGUCAGUGCUAAGGUGAUGAAGGAGGACAUCCUAAUAAUUGAUGUAACAAAGAAGCCAACUGAAGAAGCCCCAGUAUCUCCCAAGAGUGACAUCUCUGUGAGUGUAAAGAGCGAUGUCAGUGCUAAGGAAGCUAAAGAAGAAGCCUUAAUAAUUGAUAUUACAAAGAAACCAACAGAAGAAGCUCCAGUAUCUCCUAAGAGUGACAUCUCUGUGAGUGUAAAGAGUGAAGUCAGUUCUAAGGAAGCAAAGGAAGACAUUUCAAAGAAAUCAGAGGAAGAGGUCCCACUUUCUCCUAAGAGUGACAUCUCUGUGAGUGUAAAGAGUGAUGUCAGUGCUAAGGAGAUGAAGGAGGACAUCCUAAUAAUUGAUGUAACAAAGAAGCCAACUGAAGAAGCCCCAGUAUCUCCCAAGAGUGACAUCUCUGUGAGUGUAAAGAGUGAUGUCAGUGCUAAGGAGAUGAAGGAGGACAUCCUAAUAAUUGAUGUAACAAAGAAGCCAACUGAAGAAGCCCCAAUAUCUCCCAAGAGUGACAUCUCUGUGAGUGUAAAGAGUGAUGUCAGUUUAAAGGAAGAUGUCUCGAAGAAAUCAGUUGAAGAGGUCCCACUGUCACCUAAGAGUGACAUCUCUGUGAGUGUAAAGAGUGACGUCAGUGCUAAGGAGGCUGAAGAAGCCUUAAUAAUUGAUAUUACAAAGAAACCAACAGAAGAAGCUCCAGUAUCUCCUAAGAGUGACAUCUCUGUGAGUGUAAAGAGUGAUGUCAGUGCUAAGGAAGCUAAAGAAGAAGCCUUAAUAAUUGAUAUUACAAAGAAACCAACAGAAGAAGCUCCAGUAUCUCCUAAGAGUGACAUCUCUGUGAGUGUAAAGAGUGAUGUCAGUGCUAAGGAAGCUAAAGAAGAAGCCUUAAUAAUUGAUAUUACAAAGAAACCAACAGAAGAAGCUCCAGUAUCUCCUAAGAGUGAUAUCUCUGUGAGUGUAAAGAGUGAUGUCAGUGCUAAGGAAGCUGAAGAAGAAGCCUUAAUAAUUGAUAUUACAAAGAAACCAACAGAAGAAGCUCCAAUAUCUCCUAAGAGUGACAUCUCCGUGAGUGUAAAGAGUGAAGUCAGUUCUAAGGAAGCAAAGGAAGACAUUUCCAAGAAAUCAGAGGAAGAGGUCCCACUUUCUCCUAAGAGUGACAUCUCUGUGAGUGUAAAGAGUGAUGUCAGUGCUAAGGAGAUUAAGGAGGACAUCCUAAUAAUUGAUGUAACAAAGAAGCCAACUGAAGAAGCCCCAAUAUCUCCCAAGAGUGACAUCUCUGUGAGUGUAAAGAGUGACGUCAGUGCUAAGGAGGCUGAAGAAGCCUUAAUUAUUGAUAUUACAAAGAAACCAACAGAAGAAGCUCCAAUAUCUCCUAAGAGUGACAUCUCUGUGAGUGUAAAGAGUGAAGUCAGUUCUAAGGAAGCAAAGGAAGACAUUUCCAAGAAAUCAGAGGAAGAGGUCCCACUUUCUCCUAAGAGUGACAUCUCUGUCAGUGUAAAGAGUGAAGUCAGUUCUAAGGAAUCAAAGGAAGACAUUUCCAAGAAAUCAGAGGAAGAGGUCCCACUUUCUCCUAAGAGUGACAUCUCUGUCAGUGUAAAGAGUGAAGUCAGUUCUAAGGAAGCAAAGGAAGACAUUUCCAAGAAAUCAGAGGAAGAGGUCCCACUUUCUCCUAAGAGUGACAUCUCUGUCAGUGUAAAGAGUGAAGUCAGUUCUAAGGAAGCAAAGGAAGACAUUUCCAAGAAAUCAGAGGAAGAGGUCCCACUUUCUCCUAAGAGUGACAUCUCUGUCAGUGUAAAGAGUGAAGUCAGUUCUAAGGAAGCAAAGGAAGACAUUUCCAAGAAAUCAGUUGAAGAGGUCCCACUUUCUCCUAAGAGUGACAUCUCUGUCAGUGUAAAGAGUGAUGUCAGUGCUAAGGAGGCUAAAGAAGAACCCUUGGUAAUUGAUAUUACAAAGAAACCAACAGAAGAAGCUCCAGUAUCUCCCAAGAGUGACAUCUCUGUGAGUGUAAAGAGUGACGUCAGUGCUAAGGAGGCUGAAGAAGCCUUAAUUGUUGAUAUUACAAAGAAACCAACAGAAGAAGCUCCAGUAUCUCCUAAGAGUGACAUCUCUGUCAGUGUAAAGAGUGAUGUCAGUGCUAAGGAGGCUAAAGAAGAACCCUUGGUAAUUGAUAUUACAAAGAAACCAACAGAAGAAGCUCCAGUAUCUCCUAAGAGUGACAUCUCUGUGAGUGUAAAGAGUGAAGUCAGUGCUAAGGAGGCUAAAGAAGAACCCUUGGUAAUUGAUAUUACAAAGAAACCAACAGAAGAAGCUCCAGUAUCUCCUAAGAGUGACAUCUCUGUCAGUGUAAAGAGUGAAGUCAGUUCUAAGGAAGCAAAGGAAGACAUUUCCAAGAAAUCAGAGGAAGAGGUCCCACUUUCUCCUAAGAGUGACAUCUCUGUCAGUGUAAAGAGUGAUAUCAGUGCUAAGGAGGCUAAAGAAGAACCCUUGGUAAUUGAUAUUACAAAGAAACCAACAGAAGAAGCUCCAGUAUCUCCUAAGAGUGACAUCUCUGUGAGUGUAAAGAGUGAUGUCAGUGCUAAGGAGGCUAAAGAAGAACCCUUGGUAAUUGAUAUUACAAAGAAACCAACAGAAGAAGCUCCAGUAUCUCCUAAGAGUGACAUCUCUGUCAGUGUAAAGAGUGAUGUCAGUGCUAAGGAGGCUAAAGAAGAACCCUUGGUAAUUGAUAUUACAAAGAAACCAACAGAAGAAGCUCCAGUAUCUCCUAAGAGUGACAUCUCUGUGAGUGUAAAGAGUGAUGUCAGUGCUAAGGAAGCUAAAGAAGAACCCUUGGUAAUUGAUAUUACAAAGAAACCAACAGAAGAAGCUCCAGUUUCUCCUAAGAGUGACAUCUCUGUGAGUGUAAAGAGUGAAGUCAGUUCUAAGGAAGCAAAGGAAGACAUUUCCAAGAAAUCAGAGGAAGAGGUCCCACUAUCUCCUAAGAGUGACAUCUCUGUGAGUGUAAAGAGUGAUGUCAGUGCAAAGGAGAUUAAGGAGGACAUCCUAAUAAUUGAUGUAACAAAGAAGCCAACUGAAGAAGCCCCAAUAUCUCCCAAGAGUGACAUCUCUGUAAGUAUAAAGAGUGAUGUCAGUUUAAAGGAAGAUGUCUCGAAGAAAUCAGUUGAAGAGGUCCCACUGUCUCCUAAGAGUGACAUCUCUGUGAGUGUAAAGAGUGACGUCAGUGCUAAGGAAGCUGAGGAAGCCUUAAUAAUUGAUAUUACAAAGAAACCAACAGAAGAAGCUCCAGUAUCUCCUAAAAGUGACAUCUCUGUGAGUGUAAAGAGUGAUGUCAGUGCUAAGGAGGCUAAAGAAGAAGCCUUGGAAAUUGAUAUUACAAAGAAACCAACAGAAGCACCAGUAUCUCCUAAGAGUGACAUCUCUGUGAGUGUAAAGAGUGAAGUCAGUUCUAAGGAAGCAAAGGAAGACAUUUCCAAAAAAUCAGAGGAAGAGAUUCCACUGUCUCCUAAGAGUGACAUCUCUGUGAGUGUAAAGAGUGAUGUCAGUGCUAAGGAAGCUAAAGAAGAAGCCUUAAUAAUUGAUAUUACAAAGAAACCAACAGAAGAAGCUCCAGUAUCUCCUAAGAGUGACAUCUCUGUGAGUGUAAAGAGUGAUGUCAGUGCUAAGGAAGCUAAAGAAGCCUUAAUAAUUGAUAUUACAAAGAAACCAACAGAAGAAGCUCCAGUAUCUCCUAAGAGUGACAUCUCUGUCAGUGUAAAGAGUGAUGUCAGUGCUAAGGAAGCUAAAGAAGCCUUAAUAAUUGAUAUUACAAAGAAACCAACAGAAGAAGCUCCAGUAUCUCCUAAAAGUGACAUCUCUGUGAGUGUAAAGAGUGAUGUCAGUGCUAAGGAAGCUAAAGAAGCCUUAAUAAUUGAUAUUACAAAGAAACCAACAGAAGAAGCUCCAGUAUCUCCUAAGAGUGACAUCUCUGUCAGUGUAAAGAGUGAUGUCAGUGCUAAGGAAUCAAAGGAAGACAUUUCAAAAAAAUCAGAGGAAGAGAUUCCACUUUCUCCUAAGAGUGACAUCUCUGUCAGUGUAAAGAGUGAUGUCAGUGCUAAGGAGAUUAAGGAGGACAUCCUUAUAUUUGAUAUAACAAAGAAGCCAACUGAAGAAGCCCCAGUAUCUCCCAAGAGUGACAUCUCUGUGAGUGUAAAGAGUGAAGUCAGUUCUAUGGAAGCAAAGGAAGACAUUUCCAAGAAAUCAGAGGAAGAGGUCCCACUUUCUCCUAAGAGUGACAUCUCUGUGAGUGUAAAGAGUGAUGUCAGUGCUAAGGAAGCUAAAGAAGAAGCCUUAAUAAUUGAUAUCACAAAGAAACCAACAGAAGAAGCUCCAGUAUCUCCUAAGAGUGACAUCUCUGUGAGUGUAAAGAGUGAAGUCAGUUCUAAGGAAGCAAAGGAAGACAUUUCCAAGAAAUCAGAGGAAGAGGUCCCACUUUCUCCUAAGAGUGACAUCUCUGUGAGUGUAAAGAGUGAUGUCAGUGCUAAGGAAGCUAAAGAAGAAGCCUUAAUAAUUGAUAUCACAAAGAAACCAACAGAAGAAGCUCCAGUAUCUCCUAAGAGUGACAUCUCUGUGAGUGUAAAGAGUGAAGUCAGUGCUAAGGAAGCCAAGGAAGACAUUUCCAAGAAAUCAGAGGAAGAGGUCCCACUUUCUCCUAAGAGUGACAUCUCUGUCAGUGUUAAAAGUGAUAUCAGUGCUAAGGAAGCUAAAGAAGAAGCCUUAAUAAUUGAUAUCACAAAGAAACCAACAGAAGAAGCUCCAGUAUCUCCUAAGAGUGACAUCUCUGUGAGUGUAAAGAGUGAAGUCAGUGCUAAGGAAGCCAAGGAAGACAUUUCCAAGAAAUCAGAGGAAGAGGUCCCACUUUCUCCUAAGAGUGACAUCUCUGUGAGUGUAAAGAGUGAAGUCAGUUCUAAGGAAGCCAAGGAAGACAUUUCCAAGAAAUCAGAGGAAGAGGUCCCACUUUCUCCUAAGAGUGACAUCUCUGUCAGUGUUAAAAGUGAUAUCAGUGCUAAGGAAGCUAAAGAAGAAGCCUUAAUAAUUGAUAUCACAAAGAAACCAACAGAAGCUCCAGUAUCUCCUAAGAGUGACAUCUCUGUGAGUGUAAAGAGUGAAGUCAGUGCUAAGGAAGCCAAGGAAGACAUUUCCAAGAAAUCAGAGGAAGAGGUCCCACUUUCUCCUAAGAGUGACAUCUCUGUCAGUGUAAAGAGUGAUGUCAGUGCUAAGGAAGCAAAGGAAGACAUUUCCAAGAAAUCAGAGGAAGAUGUCCCACUUUCUCCUAAGAGUGACAUCUCCGUGAGUGUAAAGAGUGAAGUCAGUUCUAAGGAAGCAAAGGAAGACAUUUCCAAGAAAUCAGAGGAAGAGGUCCCACUUUCUCCUAAGAGUGACAUCUCCGUGAGUGUAAAGAGUGAUGUCAGUGCUAAGGAGGCUAAAGAAGACGCCUUGGUAAUUGAUAUUACAAAGAAACCAUCAGAAGAAGCUCCACUAUCUCCUAAGAGUGACAUCUCUGUGAGUGUAAAGAGUGAUGUUAGUGCUAAGGAGAUUAAGGAGGACAUCCUAUUAAUUGAUGUAACAAAGAAGCCAACUGAUGAAGCCCCAGUAUCUCCCAAGAGUGACAUCUCUGUUAGUGUAAAGAGUGAUGUCAGUGUAAAGGAAGAUGUCUCCAAGAAAUCGGUUGAAGAGGUCCCACUGUCCCCUAAGAGUGACAUCUCUGUGACUGUAAAGAGUGACGUCAGUGCUAAGGAGGCUGAAGAAGCCUUAAUAAUUGAUAUCACAAAGAAACCAACAGAAGAAGCUCCAGUAUCUCCUAAAAGUGACAUCUCUGUGAGUGUAAAGAGUGAAGUCAGUUCUAAGGAAGCAAAGGAAGACAUUUCCAAGAAAUCAGAGGAAGAGGUCCCACUUUCUCCUAAGAGUGACAUCUCCGUGAGUGUAAAGAGUGAUGUCAGUGCUAAGGAGGCUAAAGAAGACGCCUUGGUAAUUGAUAUUACAAAGAAACCAACAGAAGAAGCUCCAGUAUCUCCAAAGAGUGACAUCUCAGUGAGUGUAAAGAGUGAUGUCAGUGCUAAGGAGAUUAAGGAGGACAUCCUAUUAAUUGAUGUAACAAAGAAGCCAACUGAAGAAGCCCCAGUAUCUCCCAAGAGUGACAUCUCUGUCAGUGUAAAGAGUGAUGUCAGUUUAAAGGAAGAUGUCUCCAAGAAAUCAGUUGAAGAGGUCCCACUUUCUCCUAAGAGUGAUAUCUCUGUUAGUGUAAAGAGUGAUGUCAGUGCUAAGGAGGCUGAAGAAGACGCCUUGGUAAUUGAUAUUACAAAGAAACCAACAGAAGAAGCUCCAGUAUCUCCUAAGAGUGACAUCUCUGUGAGUGUAAAGAGUGAAGUCAGUUCUAAGGAAGCCAAGGAAGACAUUUCCAAGAAAUCAGAGGAAGAGGUCCCACUUUCUCCUAAGAGUGACAUCUCUGUCAGUGUAAAGAGUGAUGUCAGUGCUAAGGAGGCUAAAGAAGAAGCCGUAAUAAUUGAUAUUACAAAGAAACCAACAGAAGAAGCUCCAGUAUCUCCAAAGAGUGACAUCUCAGUGAGUGUAAAGAGUGAUGUCAGUGCUAAGGAGAUUAAGGAGGACAUCCGAUUAAUUGAUAUAACAAAGAAGCCAACUGAAGAAGCCCCAGUAUCUCCUAAGAGUGACAUCUCUGUCAGUGUAAAGAGUGAUGUCAGUGCUAAGGAAGCAAAGGAAGACAUUUCCAAGAAAUCAGAGGAAGAGGUCCCACUUUCUCCUAAGAGUGACAUCUCUGUCAGUGUAAAGAGUGAUGUCAGUGCUAAGGAAGCAAAGGAAGACAUUUCCAAGAAAUCAGAGGAAGAGGUCCCACUUUCUCCUAAGAGUGACAUCUCUGUCAGUGUUAAAAGUGAUGUCAGUGCUAAGGAGGCUAAAGAAGAAGCCUUAAUAAUUGACAUUACAAAGAAACCAACAGAAGAAGCUCCAGUAUCUCCAAAGAGUGACAUCUCUGUGAGUGUAAAGAGUGAAGUCAGUUCUAAGGAAGCAAAGGAAGACAUCCUAAAAAUUGACGUAUCGAAGAAGCCAACUGAGGAAGCCCCAGUAUCUCCCAAGAGUGACAUCUCUGUGAGUGAAAAGAGUGAUGUCAGUUUAAAGGAAGAUGUUUCCAAGAAAUCAAUUGAAGAGGUCCCACUUUCUCCAAAGAGUGACAUCUCUGUGAGUGUAAAGAGUGAUGUCAGUGCUAAGGAAGCAAAGGAAGACAUUUCCAAGAAAUCAGAGGAAGAGGUCCCACUUUCUCCAAAGAGUGACAUCUCUGUGAGUUUAAAGAGUGAUGUCAGUUCUAAGGAGAUUAAGGAAGACAUCCUAAAAAUUGACGUAUCGAAGAAGCCAACUGAGGAAGCCCCAGUAUCUCCCAAGAGUGACAUCUCUGUGAGUGAAAAGAGUGAUGUCAGUUUAAAGGAAGAUGUUUCCAAGAAAUCAAUUGAAGAGGUCCCACUUUCUCCUAAGAGUGACAUCUCUGUGAGUGUAAAGAGUGAUGUCAGUGCUAAGGAAGCAAAGGAAGACAUUUCCAAGAAAUCAGAGGAAGAGGUCCCACUUUCUCCUAAGAGUGACAUCUCUGUGAGUGUAAAGAGUGAUGUCAGUGCUAAGGAAGCAAAGGAAGACAUUUCCAAGAAAUCAAAGGAAGAGGUCCCACUUUCUCCAAAGAGUGACAUCUCUGUGAGUGUAAAGAGUGAUGUCAGUGCUAAGGAGAUUAAGGAAGACAUCCUAAAAAUUGACGUAUCGAAGAAGCCAACUGAGGAAGCCCCAGUAUCUCCCAAGAGUGACAUCUCUGUGAGUGAAAAGAGUGAUGUCAGUUUAAAGGAAGAUGUUUCCAAGAAAUCAAUUGAAGAGGUCCCACUUUCUCCAAAGAGUGACAUCUCUGUGAGUGUAAAGAGUGAUGUCAGUGCUAAGGAAGCAAAGGAAGACAUUUCCAAGAAAUCAAAGGAAGAGGUCCCACUUUCUCCAAAGAGUGACAUCUCUGUGAGUGUAAAGAGUGAUGUCAGUUCUAAGGAGAUUAAGGAAGACAUCCUAAAAAUUGACUUAUCGAAGAAGCCAACUGAGGAAGCCCCAGUAUCUCCCAAGAGUGACAUCUCUGUGAGUGAAAAGAGUGAUGUCAGUUUAAAGGAAGAUGUUUCCAAGAAAUCAAUUGAAGAGGUCCCACUUUCUCCUAAGAGUGACAUCUCUGUGAGUGUAAAGAGUGAUGUCAGUGCUAAGGAAGCAAAGGAAGACAUUUCCAAGAAAUCAGAGGAAGAGGUCCCACUUUCUCCUAAGAGUGACAUCUCUGUGAGUGUAAAGAGUGAUGUCAGUGCUAAGGAAGCAAAGGAAGACAUUUCCAAGAAAUCAAAGGAAGAGGUCCCACUUUCUCCAAAGAGUGACAUCUCUGUGAGUGUAAAGAGUGAUGUCAGUGCUAAAGAAGCUAAAGUAGAAGCCUUAAUAAUUGAUAUCACAAAGAAACCAACAGAAGAAGCUCCAGUAUCUCCUAAGAGUGACAUCUCUGUCAGUGCCAAGAGUGAAGUCAGUUCAAAGGAAGAUGUCUCCAAAAAAUCACUUGAAGAGCUCCCACUUUCUCCUAAGAGUGACAUCUCUGUGAGUGUAAAGAGUGAUGUCAGUGCUAAGGAGACUAAAGAAGAAGCCUUAAUAUUUGAUAUUGCAAAGAAACCAACAGAAGACGCUCCAGCAUCUCCAAAGAGUGACCUUACCCCCAGUAUCAAGAGUGAACCCAGUUCACUAGAAGUUUCAAAGAAAUCUACCGAUGAAGCUCCAUUAUCUCCCAAAAGUGACGUAUCUGUAAGUGUAAAGAGUGAUAUUAGCUUAAAGGAGGCAAAGGAAGAUAUUCUAGAAUAUGAAGAAAUAAAAAAAUCGUCUGCUGAAGUUGUUUCUCCCGGUGGUUACAUAUCUGUCAGCAUGAGAAGCCACAUUGUAUGCACUGAUACAGUCAAGGACAGAUUAACUCUUGAUGUGUCUCAGGAGCGUGAUGAAGAAGCUCCGGUGUCUCCAAAGAGCGAUAUCUCUGUUAGUGCAAAGAGCGAUAUCAGCUCAAAAAGUGAAAAAGUUAGCAGUAAAGUCGAGGAAGCUCCACUUUCUCCUAAGAGCGACAUUUCUGUGAGUGCAAAGAGUGAUAUUAGCUCCAAGAGUGGCAAAGAACCUGUCAGUAAAGUCGAGGAAGCUCCACUUUCUCCUAAGAGCGACAUUUCUGUGAGUGCAAAGAGUGAUAUUAGCUCCAAGAGUGGCAAAGAACCUGUCAGUAAAGUCGAGGAAGCUCCACUUUCUCCUAAGAGCGACAUUUCUGUGAGUGCAAAGAGUGAUAUUAGCUCCAAGAGUGGUAAGGAACCUGUCAGUAAAGUCGAGGAAGCUCCAUCUUCUCCAAAGAGCGACAUUUCUGUGAGUUCAAAGAGCGAUGUCAGUUCAAAGGAGAGUAAAAAAGAAGAAAUUCCCGUAGACAUUAGUAAAAAAGACACAGAGGCAGCUCGAGAAUCUCCCAAGAGUGACGUGGCUCCUAGUGUCAAGAGUGAACCAAGUUCAAUGGACCUUUCAAAGAAAUCUGUUGAAGAAGCUCCUUUGUCUCCUAAGAGUGAUGUAUCUCUCAGUGCUAAGAGUGACAUUAGUUCAAAAGAAAUCAAGGACGAGAUUGCAGAAUCUAAGAAACCAUCAGAGGGCAUUGUGUCUCUUGAUAGUUUUAUUUCCGUUAGUAUGAAGAGCCACAUUGUUCACACUGAGUUUAUGGAGACUUUAACGGUUGAUGUACCUGUGGGAGAUGUCAUUUCCAAGGAAGCUGGAGAGGGCAUUCUAAAAAUUGAUGUGACUAAGAAAACUCCAGAAGUUCCGCUGUCUCCCAAGAGUGAUACCUCUGUCAGUGCUAAGAGUGAUGUCAGCUCCAAGAGUGGCAAGGAAAGUGUCGAUAAAGUCGAAGAGGCACCUCUUUCACCGAAGAGUGACAUUUCUAUUAGCACAAAGAGUGAUGUGAGCUCAAAGGAUAUUAAAAAAGACUUGAUUAUAGAUGUUAUCAAAAAAGAUACCGACAAAGCACCAGAAUCUCCCAAAAGUGAUGUAGAUUCUAGUGUUAAGAGUGAGCCCAGUUCAAAAGAAGUCUCCAAGAAGUCCACUGAGGAAGCUCCUCUGUCUCCAAAGAGUGACAUAUCUGUAAGUGAAAAGAGCGAAAUAAGCAAAAAGAGCGAUUUGAGCCAUAAGAGUGAUGUUAGUGGAAAGAGUGAUGCUGGCCCUAAACUUGACAUCACUCCCAUACCUUCAGAAAAAGAAAGGGAGCCUAGAGCUUACAUAGAAACAGGUGUUGUAGAAGAGCCAGUCUAUGGUAUCUUGAGAGCAGAACGAGCAGAGUUUGUCACUGUUUCUCCAGACACGACACCAGGAUCAACGCCACUGUCACCCACAAUGCGCGAGAUUGGCAUGGCUGGAAUCUCCCUUAUAACACCACUUCAAAAAGAUAAAUCAGAUGUUAUGACUUCCUCUAUUUAUGAGGAAUCUACGUCCACUUCCAAACCUGAACCGGACCAAGAAACAGAUGUAAUGACUACAUCUGUACAUCGAGAAUUUGAUGCCAUGACUACUUCUAUUUAUGAACCAAGUCAGGAUAUUAUGACUUCUUCUAUGUAUGGUGAAGACUUUGCCAUGCAUGGUGUACACGACCUUAGAAAAUCCUCUGAGGAGGAAACAACUACUGUGGCCUUAACUAGAGUUAAGAAAACCGAAGAUAUAAUGUCGACUUCCAUGUAUGGUAGUCUCGAUGAAAGGGAAUACGAUGAAAGUGUACAGAAAUCCAUUGAUGAUAUGACAUCUCCCCGCAGCGUCACCUUUGGAAAGACCCAAGAGGUGGUUGCUGACAAGGAUAUGCCAUCUUCAAGAAUGCCAGAGACAGACGCUGAAAGUUAUCCACCUGUGUCCCCUCGAAGUGAUUUGUCUUCUGAAGUGUAUCAAGUGCCCUCCAUGUCUCCUCGUAGUGAUGGAUAUGAAGCAGAGCUAAGUGGCCAGUAUGAGGAACGUGAUGAUGACCAGGCACAAUUAUCUCCUCGCUCGGACAUCUCUUCAAUUUCAGAUAUUGUACGAAGGGAACAAAAACAUUCUGUAACAGAACAAAUAGUCAAGGAGACUACCAUGAUUCAUCGUGAAGUUCUGGAUAGUGGCCGUUCAGUAUCUCCAGUGAGUGACGUAGCAGCCAAGGAUGGACUGGACUCCCUUGACUCCUUCAAGUUACAACCAGUAUUGGGGAGUGAUAAAGAAAUUGAUGAAGGAAAACCACUCUCUCCACGUAGCGACGUCUCUGGCAAAACUGAUGCCUCAGAGAAAGAUUCUGCCUUUGAAGAUAGAGACAAACUAUCUAGUCUUGAGAGUCAUCUUAUGCCUUCCCUUCCUAGUGAUGUCAGAGUAACAGAAACAGAGCUGUCUAAAUAUGCAGCUGUGUCAGAAGAAAUCUGUCGUUCGGAAAUAAGUGAAAUUGUCCACGAAACUUCGUCUACAACAGAAACUAGAUUAUUAAAAGAAGUAUCGACUGAAGAUAAAGUGAGAAAAGUGUCUGAAACUGUUUCUGAAAGCACAAAGAGUGAUAGCACUACAGUAUUGUCUGGGCUGAUGACUAGUAUAGUUAGUAGUUUUGAUAGCACAAAAACCAUUAUUGACAAAUCAACAGACUUGUCACGUAGCACAAAGUCGGAAAUCAUAGAAGAAACUGUUACCAAAGAAGACAAGGCAUCCAUAAAACCCAAGACAGAAAUGUCGCCAGAAGAUGAAAGCUCCAUUAGCUAUAAAAAAGAACCAACCACACAAACUGAAACCCAAGAUGCAAUAAUGGUUUCUCCUAAGAGUGAUAUUUCAAUAAGUUCGAAGAGCGAUGUUACUUCUAUUGAUGCUAAGGAGUUGCCUAAGGAUCCUUCGCUUAGAGGAGAAGAACCAAAACCAACAACAGAGUCCUCAGAAGGUGAAAUUUCUGAAGAGAUUUUCAAGGAAGAGGUACGGGAGACUACAAAGUUCCUCACUGAGGCUAUUGGGGUGAAGGAAGUGGUUCAGGGAAUCAAAACGGCUGUGACAUCCCUUGAGGAUUCUACUACUAGUAAGACUUCCUUCCAAGACUUCAAAGAAACUGCAUCCCCGCCUCCCUCGCCUGAAAAAUCUACAGGAAAAACUGACCUCUCAGCUUCGUCUACCGUGUCAUCUCUUCAUGAAAGUGAAUCCUUGACUUCAGUACAUAGUAAAGUCGAGGCUGCCAAAGAAGAGAGCUUAAGUACAGACGCUGUUGAAUCUGUGUCUGUGACAGUAAGAGAUUCACUCAUUCAUACUCAUACCUCAUCUGUACAUGAUUCAUUAUUAACCACCUCCAGCAUAACAACCACAUCUGCCACAGAGACGAUAACAUCAACAGUAAAGCCUGUACCAAGCUCUCCAGACAAAACAAAAACACCUGAUCUUCCCAAAGUUAAGCCAAGUGAAAGAGAUGACGAAAGACCAUCUGAUGAUCAGUCUUCUUCAUCUCUACCCUCCUCUUCCUCCUCCUCCUCCUAUGGUGUUGAGGGUAUUGUGAAAGAGGUAAAGGAGAGCAAAGACCUCAUACAAGCUACCUCAGUUAUAAUUGCUGAGAAGCUUAUUGCUGAAGUGGGAGAAAUUACUUCCAGCAAGACACAAACUACAACCUCCGAGCAUGUGUCCUCCGAAGAGUACAAGUCUGUCACUGCCAUUACCGAUAAGUCUAGUUCUAUUAAGAAAGCUACAGUAGAAUCUUCACAGGAAACCCAUAUUACAGAUAGUCAGGAAAUUAGUAGAACUGAUUAUCUAGUGCAGGAAAAAAAGGAAAAAACUGCUGACAAAGAAACUCUGGACAAAGAUACAAUCAUCUCAAAAACACCUACAGAAGAGGAUAUAUCUGAAAAAUCCUCAGAAUAUGAAACAGUAACUACAAGAACUGUUAAGCGAACCAUCGUCAGAGAUGGAGAACCCAUAGAGGCAGUUGAAACACAUGAAGAACCUGUAACAGGUGAAACUGUAACAAGAACUAUAAUCAGAAGAAUCAUUGUCGACGGCGAAACAAAAGAGACUGUAGAAACGAUUGAAGAACCCUCUGAGCCUGAAGCUGUAACUACAAGAACUGUUAGGCGAACCAUCAUUAGUGGUGAGGAACCAAUGGAAACUGUUAAGACGGAUGGAGAACCUUCAGAAGGUGAAACUGUCACAAGAACAAUUGUGAGAAGAGUUUUCGUCGAUGGAGAACCUCAAGAGACAGUUGAAACCCGUGAACCUUCAGAAGGUGAAACUGUCACAAGAACAAUUGUGAGAAGAGUUUUCGUCGAUGGAGAACCUCAAGAGACAGUUGAAACCCGUGAACCUUCAGAAGGUGAAACUGUCACAAGAACAAUUGUGAGAAGAGUUAUUGUCGAUGGAGAACCUCAAGAGACAGUUGAAACCCGUGAACCUUCAGAAGGUGAAACUGUCACAAGAACAAUUGUGAGAAGAGUUUUCGUCGAUGGAGAACCUCAAGAGACAGUUGAAACCCGUGAACCUUCAGAAGGUGAAACUGUCACAAGAACAAUUGUGAGAAGAGUUAUUGUCGAUGGAGAACCUCAAGAGACAGUUGAAACCCGUGAACCUUCAGAAGGUGAAACUGUCACAAGAACAAUUGUGAGAAGAGUUAUUGUCGAUGGAGAACCUCAAGAGACAGUUGAAACCCGUGAACCUUCAGAAGGUGAAACUGUCACAAGAACAAUUGUGAGAAGAGUUAUUGUCGAUGGAGAACCUCAAGAGACAGUUGAAACCCGUGAACCUUCGGAAGGCGAAACUGUCACAAGAACAAUUGUGAGAAGAGUUAUUGUCGAUGGAGAACCUCAAGAGACAGUUGAAACCCGUGAACCUUCAGAAGGUGAAACUGUCACAAGAACAAUUGUGAGAAGAGUUUUCAGCGAUGGAGAACCUCAAGAGACAGUUGAAACUCAUGAACCUUCAGAAGGUGAAACUGUCACAAGAACAAUUGUGAGAAGAGUUAUUGUCGAUGGAGAACCUCAAGAGACAGUUGAAACCCGUGAACCUUCAGAAGGUGAAACUGUCACAAGAACAAUUGUGAGAAGAGUUAUUGUCGAUGGAGAACCUCAAGAGACAGUUGAAACCCGUGAACCUUCAGAAGGUGAAACUGUCACAAGAACAAUUGUGAGAAGAGUUAUUGUCGAUGGAGAACCUCAAGAGACAGUUGAAACUCAUGAACCUUCAGAAGGUGAAACUGUCACAAGAACUAUUGUGAGAAGAGUUUUCGUCGAUGGAGAACCUCAAGAGACAGUUGAAACCCGUGAACCUUCAGAAGGUGAAACUGUCACAAGAACAAUUGUGAGAAGAGUUAUUGUCGAUGGAGAACCUCAAGAGACAGUUGAAACUCAUGAACCUUCAGAAGGUGAAACUGUCACAAGCACAAUUGUGAGAAGAGUUGUCGUCGAUGGAGAACCUCAAGAGACAGUUGAAACCUGUGAACCUUCAGAAGGUGAAACUGUCACAAGAACAAUUGUGAGAAGAGUUUUCGUCGAUGGAGAACGUCAAGAGACAGUUGAAACUCAUGAACCUUCAGAAGGUGAAACUGUCACAAGAACAAUUGUGAGAAGAGUUUUCGUCGAUGGAGAACCUCAAGAGACAGUUGAAACUCUUGAAGAACCUCCAGAAGGUGAAGCUGUCACAAGAACUAUUAUAAGAAGAGUUAUUGUUGACGAUGAACCAAAGGAAACGGUUGAAACUCAAGAAGAACCAUCAACAGGUGAAUCAGUAAUAAGGAGAACAGUUGUCAGAAGAACCAUCAUUGAUGGCGAGCCAAAAGAAACUGUUGAGACGAUUGAAGAACCAUCUGAAACUCAAACCCUAACUACAAGAACAAUUAGGCGAACUAUCGUCACUGAUGGUGAACCCACAGAACCAGUUGAAGCAUAUGAAGAACCUACGGAAGGCGAGACCGUUACAAGAACAAUUGUACGCAGGACGAUCAUUGACGGUGAACCAAAAGAAACCGUCGAGACUAUUGAAGAACCUUCUGAAUCUCGAACUUUAACUACACGAACUAUUAGGCGAACUACCAUUGGUGAUGGUGAACCAAAAGAAACUGUGGAAACUAGUGAAGAACCUUCGGAAUCACAAACUGUAACCCAAAGGACUGUCGUAAGAAAAACCACAGUAACUGGUGGUGAACCAAAGGAGUCUGUUGAAACAUUUGAAGGAACCUCAGAUGGUGUUGUUGUCACAAGAACCACUGUUAGGAGAACCAUUGUAGAUGGUGAGCCUAAAGAAACGACCGAGACCUUUGAAGAACCUGCUGACUCCGACAGUAUGAAGACCACAACUACCACAACAGUGAAACGAACGAUCAUUGGUAGUGGUGACAAACUGGAGACAACAAAACUAAGUGAAGAAUCUUCUGGCGAUUCAGUAACUACAACAACCACAGUCAAACGAAGAAUAAUUAGCGGAGAUGAACCUGUUGAAACACUUGAGACAAAAGAGGGACCAAUAGACGAAGAGUCUCUCAAAACUGCCACCUCUGUAACCAAGUCAUUUACCACUGCAGGGAAAGUAGAAGAGACAGAGAAAACUGUUUUAUCAAAAUCUACAGCAGAGAUGAUUCAAGAAGAUCUCAGAAGCUCAAGGGAAUCUGUUUCCACUGUUGAUGAAUCCACCGUUCAUGAAGGGCCUCGUAUGGGUGCUUUCAGGAAGUCUUCAACUAGUAGUACUGAGGGUACUCCUGGAAGUCCCAGGACGGGUCGUGUUGUGGUGAGAAAAGUCACGACAGUAAUAACUAAGUACUACGAUGAUGGUGAAGAAGUUGAAAUGGAAGAGUUGCCAGGUGAAGAAGUGGUUGAAGUGCUUGGUGAUCAACAGGUUUCUGAAGACAUCUUGCGCAAAAUAUCUGGUUCAGCCUCACAAUCUCCGAUCGCUGGCAGAAAAGUUUCAGGCCAUGGUAUCCCAGGAACUUCCAUGACCUACACUACCUCACAUUCAUUGUGUGGACCCUGGACCAGUGACGAGUCCCUCAGUGGUGAGCCAACAGUUGUUACUCGUACCACUCGCACCACAAUAGGUGACAGUGAUACUGAUGGAUCAGAAGGAGUAGUGACCAGUACAGUCACCAGAGUAACGCGCCGCCUGAUGAGUGAUGACGCUUCAGACAAGGAGGAAAGACCUCGAUCUGCCAGUAGCGAUACUAGUGGUCAGGAUCCUUUCCCACCAUCACAAAAGACACAGUUUGAAACAAUGGAAACUGCUGCAAGUAAAGUUCCAACCACUCAGUAUGAAGCCUCUGGGGUACAAUACCAGGAGGAGUAUGAUGAUGAACCUGUUUAUGAAUAUCACCCACCUGCAGGAGCACAACUCGAGCAGUUCAUAUAUGGUGACCAAGGGGGAGACUUUGAUAAUGGAAACCUUCCAUCCCGGGCAAGGGAACCUUCAGUAACUGAGGCUGAAGAUAAGCUAAAUAGGAAUCAGACUUGGAAGACUUCUACAACAUCCAGCACUGUGACCACUACAACUUCCUCAACAGCCAAAGAAGCCAAGGAGACCCUGCAACAGUGGGGUAAACCUCUUGGCCUCCCUUCACCAGUGCCUCUUCCUACCCCUCUUCCUCCCUCUGACAGCCCCAAAUCGUUAAGCCCUCGUAAGGAACGAAGGACAAGCAGACGAUCCAAGAGGGUAGUGCCACCAGUCUACUUAGACCUGGCAUAUGUGCCUCAUGCUGCCAAUCCCAACUACUCCAAUGCAGACUUCUUCAAGAGAGUGAGAGCUCGAUACUACGUCUUCUCUGGCAUCGACCCCGGCAGGGAGGUGCUCGACGCUUUACUCGAAGCCAAAAUGGAAUGGGAAGAUAAAGAAAUGGAGGUAACGAUCAUUCCCACCUACGACACCGACGCCCUGGGCUACUGGGUGGCUGCCAAUGAAGAUGCUCUUAUCGCCAACAAGAUUGACUUGGCUCCGUCUGCCUCUCGCUGCACCAUCAAUCUACAGGACCAUGAAACAAGCUGCAACGCCUACCGUCUCGAAUUUUGAGCGCCUCGACACUACCAAUCAUCAACUAACACUAACAGCUAAAUCCAUAGAACAACAUCGAUGCCUGUAAAAUAAUUCCAGAACUUUUAAGCUCGCAAGUAGCUUAGGAACAUCAUAGUGUAGCUCCAGAGUAUCUGUUGUUAAAAGUAACUCCAGAAUAUUGACGCCCACAAGUAAGUCUGGAAGUUCGACGUCUACAAGUAAGUGCAGAAUAUCGACGUCGACAAGUAACUCUGGAAGAAAGACACUCACAAAGAAAUCCGGAAUAUCGAAGCCUAUAUGUAACUUCUGGGAUAUCGACUCCCACAUGUACCUAACUCCACAUUAUCGACGCCAACUUGUGACUCCUGGUUGUUGUGGUUCUGACCCUCAGCAACCACUUCCCCGCUGCCUUCCAUGAGAACUUAGAGCUCUUACCAAGCCGUCUGAGUCCCCCCACCCUGAUAGUCAGUCCUAAAUUAGCCAUCCAGAAUAUUUUCAUUGACUGUCUCGUUGGUAUCCCAAUUUCCUGUGGGUUGCUGUGUUUAGAUUCUACUGCAGUCAAGUAGACAUUUUUGAAACAUGUAGGUCCAUGAUGGUGGAUUUUCUACAUUUGCAUUCAUGAAGACGCGUAUUAAUUAAACGAGAUUUUUUUUAAGUAUUACUCGGAGUCUUGUCAUUAUGCCAAUAGUAAUAUAUUGAUUAUAUCAAUAGAAGCAUAAUUAGACAAACAUUCUGUUAAAUGAAUAUUACUGAACAUUAGAUGGCCUUGUGUUAUAUAAUUAUUACCAUGAACUAUGAGAGAUAAUUUCCCGGAUUUUGACGAUUCUGACCUGACCUCUUGAAAACCCGAAUUCUACAAAACUUAACACUGAGAGUACUAAGAGUGCGGAUAUGUCUAAGAAUAUAUUCAUCGCCAGUCCAUCUGUAUUGUGACAUAAAUUGUAGAUGAACACUCCUGCGACCGAAUAGGGCUAAGCAAUAUGCAUUUUAAUAUAUUUCACUUCAUAGAAUUAUUCUACUUAUUCAGCGUGAUAAUGCUGCAGUCUUAGGUAGACCAUGCUGCUGCUGCACACAUGGCUAGAGGGAGAUUGCUCAUUUUGUAAAAUAAAAUGUUAUGAAACUGUCCUUGACAGUGAUCAGCUAUAUAGAAUAUAAGGCAAAUACUAAAAAAAAAGAGUUAAAAAUGUCUGUUAUAUGUAUACUAGUAGUUUAUAAACAGCCGGGUGAUGAAAGCGAGCCUAUUUUUCUUAGGUGAGGCUGAAUGGUUAAAGUAGCAGUAUCUUUAUCUUCCACGAGAUGAGUGUUUGGGAGUAAAGGAGUGAAUGAGAAGCUAACCAAGUAUAAAUAUAUAUCCUGGAACAAGUCUCUAACGUCCACACAGCCAAUACUGAUCAAUUUGACACUUGGAUUCACAAUUUUUUGUAAGGUGGUUCACGUUGUGACUGACGUGAUAACAUGGACCUGCUUCAUCAGUCAUUAGUGAUAAUCUUGACUUAGGACGGUCGCGAGUGUUCUUGUACCGACAGUGUACUCCAAGCUUUUUCCGUAUAUGCUAUACAGUGUAAGUGUUAAAGAAAGGUGUGAAUGUCUUAAGUGAUUUAAUAAGUCAAAGUUAAAUACGUCUCUUGCUUUUAGUAUUACUUUGACUGUUGUUUAAUUUGACGCCAUCCGUUCUUUUCAACUAAUGCGCAUUCCAUAUAAAAAGAAAAUCCAAAACAAAAGUGGGAGUGUAAAGUGAAGGCCGCCGGAGAGAGCGAGCUAAGCUCUCUUAUAAUGGUGCUACAACAGAAGGUCUUGCGAGCCACAAGUGCCAUACACGAUCUGUUACGAGGCGCUAGGUGCCACGGGGGUGGCACCGUGGCCCAGGAGUGCGUGUAUGGCAUUGGCUGUGCAAGAGUUUGAAAAUGGUGAUACGCCUUUCAAGGUCUGUUAGCUUCGUUAGGAAAAUAAACCUCGGCCAUGUAGAACCAUGUUUAGGAGACAUUACUAGGGCCUGAACACGACUUUUUAGUAAGUCCUUGUAACGACCCAGUAGUCACGGUCAAACUGCCAGCAAUGCCUAUUCGCGAGGAGUGAUUAACUACUUAAAAUAGAUUUAAAUGGAUUAUUCUAUUCUCCCUGGGAGUGUCUCUAAAACUGCGGUUACAGCAAUGUCACAUCCUGCCCACAUAAAACUUGAGGUGGCAAACUUCUCUCCUGGUUACCACAAAUCUACGUGGCCUUCAUUGCUUUGAGGAACGGCAGAAGAAGGUCAGGUAUCUCUGUCCAUACCUCAUGAUGGAGACUUAUCACCUCUCAUUUUCACGUGCGCCGAAGAGAGAAAAAAAAAAUGGAGGUGUUGAGUUUGUGUGGUGGGGCGUUCAGUGACACACACACACUGUGGUGGCAGGAAUGAGGUCAUGCCAACACUCAUCAAGGUUCAGAUAUUUCAUGUGACUGCUUUAGGUGCUUAUUGGCAAACCAGACGCCUUCUUGCCCCUAAGCUUAUUGAUUGGUAAACCAAAAAGCUUUUUAUCCUUCGCUGAGUUAUCGCAGAAUUCUUGUCCGUUAAUGGUCAAUUUCCGGGUUGAGUUGCCACUGAGUAUGAUAAAUUACAUCGGCAAAAUUAUUACCCUUUUCCCUAUAUCCGUGUUAAAGAGAGCUUAGAUAAAUAAUUGUAUCUUGAUCCCUUUGACACAAUGUAAGUGUUCUUACAACUCGUCUGAGAACUUGCCUGUUUGUGAAUGAGAAGGUUGGUAUAACUGGGAUACUUUUCAUUAUUUAAUUAUGAUAUUGUGCCCUAGGCUGAUAUCCUAUAUUAGAAGUUAUCGAGCGCUGCGUCGCUCUUUUCAAAUUUAAUCUUUAUAAAGGUUGAAUGACAUGUGAUAUGAUAAUCAUAUAUAUUUAAGCUGUUAUAUUACAAGAAGUGGUGGCACGGAACUAAUGAAAGAGGACAUUAAAAAAAAUGCUAAAAUUUGUACAGUGGCUUUUAGGCAUUUCUGUCACAACCACCGCUGAUCCAGUACCAGUUUUCUGUUAAAACCUCGAAGUGAAGAGCUUUCUGAAGACCCUUGAACGUCAGCAUUCCGACCAUAUCUUUUUUGUCGCUAUCAGCACUAUGAUUUUUGCAUCACUCGGUAUCACGGCCACUGCCUCUUCAAAUAAUUCAUUGUUUCAGAGUCUUCAGCAAAGUUCUUAAUAUUCCUGAUUUCCAGGCUUCAUUAUAUUAUAUCCAGCCUGUGCACUUUGUCGUGUGUUAAAGAAAAAAAGUAUAUAUAAAUAUAUAUCUAUGACGAUAUGUGCGAUAACUUUGGUAAUUAUUUUUCAGUGUUGACUUUCUCAUGAUAAUGUAAAGGAAGUGAACCCUAUUGAACGAUUGCCAAUAGUUGUUGUCGCUGGUGUCGUCUGGGGCCUUAUUUUUGACAAGCUUUUACCCGAGUGGGCCAGCUGCACCGGCCUAGCAAUCACCGGACUUUUGCUGGUAAAACGAGAGUGCUCAGAGCAUCAGUUGAUCCUUCAGUAUCUUGGGAUAUUCACCUGAUGAAACGAGCACCAAAGUUUAUCACCAAGAGUCCUGCGCUGGCCAGACAGGUUCACUGACCCGCCCUGGCAAAUCACUUUAGAAGUACGGCCCCAUAUGUAGUUUCCCGCUUAUGCUUGUCGCUCCAUGUCCCGCUAUCUCUAGUCAAAGAAACUAGAAGUCUAGAAAAAAAUCAUGAACUCUGCUGACACCUAUAACGUGACUUGUUUGGCUAUUUUGGCCCUCAUACAGUUCAUUAUGGUUCAUUUUCGCUACUUUAUAAAUAGGAAAAUAAACCCUAUUGAACCUUUAUUUUGGGUUCAUAAUUGCUGGCCUUGUCACUAAUAUUACGCAUAUGUAUGGGAUAUCCUGUGACAUUAAAAAGUAGAAUAAAAAUCA